AUGGCAUCUCGUUUGAAACGUACGUUCUCUCUGAAGGGUGGCAAGAGAGAUGGGGUGAUCCCUGAUACAGAGCCUGCGACAGCCGGUGUGCUGCCCUCAUUCGAUGAACUGCCAAGUUUUCAUGACUUCAAGGGAUGCGCGUGGGAUGUGUGGGGCAAGGACGACGAGCUAGGCACAAUUAACCUGCUCACUCCCGAGGUUGUGGCACGAGCUGCCCAGGAGGAGAUUCGUCUAGGUCGCACAGUUUCAUUGAAUUGGCCAAUUCACUUCCCCUCAAGGCCCGUUUUCGGGCGUAAGAUUCCAUCCAUCAAUACGUUCAGCAAGGCUGGCCCCAUCAUACCUGUCCGGGAUGAUGUUAUCCAUAUCAACACACAAUCAGGUUGCCAGUGGGACGGUUUGAAGCACUUUGGGGUGGCAAAAUACAAUGUGUUCUACAACAACACCCCCGCCAACUCCCUCUCUGAGGGCGAAAUGGAAAUUCAUGAUCCGAGUGAGAUCGAUUAUUCGAAAGUCAAACUUGGGAUGCACAACUGGGCUAACCAUGGCAUAUGCGGCCGCGGCGUUCUCCUGGAUGUGGUAAACUACUACACGGCCAAUGGAGAGGCCCUACCCUACGAUCCCUGGACCAGUCAUCCGAUCACUGUCGCCGAGCUAGAGGCUAUCGCGAAGAAACAAGGGGUCGAGUUCCGACAAGGAGAUAUCCUUCUCUUGCGUGUCGGGUUUAUCCAGAAAUACUAUGCCAGCACCAAUGAAGCAAAGGCGGAUUUGGGCGGUGGCUCGCAAAAGGAAACAUUCGAAACAAAACACAGCGCUGGAAUAGAACAAAGUGAAGAUAUGAAACGCUUUCUCUGGAAUAAUCAUUUUUCUGCUAUCGCAUCUGACCAGCCGGCCUUGGAGCGCUGGCCCACGCCAAAGGGGACUCCACUUCUUCACCAGACAAUUCUCGCCCUAUAUGGAAUGCCUAUCGGUCCGUACCUCACAACAAUCUUCUCCAUCAAAAUACAGUACUUAUUUUGGCCGUUCCACGACAUAGGCGAAUUCUUUGAUCUUGAAGCUCUAUCAGAGCUGUGCCAAGAGACGGGUCGGUAUACGUUCUUUUUCACGUCUUGGCCUUUGAACAUCCUUGGCGGUGCUGCGAGCCCCCCCAACGCUGCCGCAUAUUUCUGA